UGUAGCGACUCGCCGCUUACAACCAAAAUGGCUUCUCAAAAAGCGAGCGCCAUCGACUCGUUCAUUCGGUUUUUUCCCUUCACCGAUAUUACUUGAUUUACUACAGAAUGGCGGACGCAGCUCCAGCCCGUGGUGGUUUCCGUGGAGGAUUUGGUUCUCGUGGUGGCCGUGGAGGUCGUGGUCGUGGUCGCGGCCGUGGACGUGGACGUGGCCGUGGAGGCAAAGAAGAUUCAAAGGAAUGGGUUCCAGUAACCAAAUUGGGUCGCUUGGUGCGUGAUGGAAAAAUUCAUUCAUUGGAGGAAAUCUACCUUUACUCGUUGCCCAUUAAAGAGUUUGAAAUCAUCGAUUUCUUUGUGGGCCCUGCACUCCGUGAUGAGGUAUUGAAAAUUAUGCCUGUCCAGAAGCAGACUCGUGCUGGUCAACGUACCCGUUUCAAGGCUUUUGUUGCCAUUGGUGACAACAAUGGUCAUAUUGGUCUUGGUGUCAAGUGCAGUAAGGAAGUAGCUACAGCUAUUCGUGGUGCCAUCAUUCUGGCUAAAUUGUCAGUCGUACCGGUUCGUCGAGGCUACUGGGGUAACAAAAUUGGUAAACCUCAUACUGUACCAUGUAAAGUCACUGGCAAGUGUGGUUCUGUAUCAGUGCGCUUGAUUCCUGCUCCACGUGGUACUGGUAUUGUAUCGGCCCCUGUCCCCAAGAAGUUGCUGACCAUGGCUGGUAUUGAGGAUUGUUACACCUCCGCUCGUGGUUCAACUGGUACUUUGGGUAAUUUCGCCAAAGCCACUUAUGCUGCGAUUGCUAAGACCUAUGCCUAUUUGACUCCUGAUUUGUGGAAGGAAAUGCCUUUGGGUGCUACUCCAUACCAAGAAUUCGCAGACUUUUUGGCUGAGAAGCCAACCAGCGCUGCUGCACGUCACCAAGUCGAGGCUUAAAUCUCGAAAUAACAAAUAAAUGACGAGAACACUUUAAA